AUGGUCAGGACAUGGGCCUCCUGCCAGAGUGUGUGCAGACAGAAGUACCAGGACCUGGCUCAGAUCGAGAACGCAGCUGAGAACCUGGCUGCGAUGGCAGCCAUGACAGAGCCUGAGGCCUGGAUCGGCCUGUACCGUCACACAUGGCUUUGGUCGGACCUCAGCAGCAGCAGAUUCAGGAAUUGGGACUACAAGUACCUUGAUAAUACUCUCUUCGACCAACACUGUGUGACUAUGUCUGACCGCUAUGUUUGGGAUGACAACUUUUGCACAGAACUGCGUAGUUUCAUCUGUCAAAAAGAAGCGAAAAUCCGGUCAGUGAUAAACACUCAGUUAAAAAUCGAGACCAAACUGAACCUGAGUGACCCAGCCAACAGAGAGAAGCUGCUUCAUCAGCUCCGAGAGAAAGUGAAGCAGGAAAACCCUGGAGCUGAUCUCAAAGUCAAGUGGAGCAAAGUACCAACAGAACAGAAGAAUCCAAGAAAAACAACAGAAAAAGAUGCUCUGGGCACAAAGAGCUGUAAUUUGUGA